UCUCUGUAAGAAUUGCUGCUCUGUGAGUUUCCUAGCAGGAGGUGGCGGUUCAUAAUCUCUAAGCAGUUAAGAAACAUUACAGGAAGGAAUGCAAAAAGGAGAAGGGGAGGAAACACUUUUUGAAUGCUCUUUAUUUUGUUUAGUAGUUUAAUUUGUGUCUAAGUGGGCUACUGAUUCAGCAGUUGGGAUAUACUUUGAAAGUGGACAACUACAGGAAGAACGUGAGGUUAAAGACCAUAUAUUUGUACUUUUCUAUAUAUGAUUUGUAUCCUUAAAACAUGAUGGAAAGAGGGAAAACAAUUAGGAAUGUCGAGUCAGCCUGGUGCUUUCUUUGAUCGUUGCCAAGCAAAAGAACACUAUGUUCCUCAGAUACCAACAGCAUCAAGAAGAUGUGCUAGUCAGCCCUACAUAAAAGGUGUAGACACUUCAAUGUAUAUGAUAAGUUUUCCUUCAAGGAGAGAAAAGAAACAAGUACUGAACUCCUUAAGUGGAAAGAAAGAAACCAUUGGUUUGGAACUGGAAGAGUGUAUUCAGAAAUACCCAUUGGGACACCAAGAAAUUAACAGCAGGUGGAGCAGAAUGACCGUGGUGAAGGAGUUACUCCGAGCCAGAAACUUGCUUCUGGUUAUCCUAAUUCCACUCCUGAUGCUUCCUUUGCCACUGUUGUACCCAACUAGCGAAGCAUCAUGCGCAUACGUGCUGCUUGUGACGGCGGUGUACUGGGUUUCAGAAGCAGUACCACUUGGGGCUGCAGCUCUCGUUCCUGCUUUUCUCUACCCACUGUUAGGAGUAAUGAAGUCCAGCGAGGUGGCUGGGGAAUACAUAAAGAACACCACCUUGCUUCUCAUAGGGGUAAUUUGUUUAGCCGCCUCAGUUGAAAAAUGGAACCUCCACAAACGAAUUGCCUUGCGCAUGGUGAUGAUGGCAGGAGCAAAACCUGGCAUGCUCCUUCUUUGCUUUAUGUGCUGCACCACUAUUCUAUCCAUGUGGCUUUCCAACACGUCCACUACAGCCAUGGUGAUGCCCAUUGUAGAAGCAGUGUUACAGGAACUUGUGAAUGCUGAGGAGGAUCGAGAGGCAAAUGGUACUGCAGGUGGCACCAUCCUGGAAGAGAAAGAGACAAUGGGUUUCAAUGACAAUCAUGGGCAAGCAUCACUGGAACUCAUUUUCAUCAACGAGGAUGCUACAACUGCUGACCUCAGUUCUCUGAUGCAUUCCAAGAAUAUGAAUGGUGUGCACAUGAUAGCCAACAAAAUUGGGACUGUGACCUCCAAAGCCAAUGGACAACAUCGGACCCAGGCACAGAUACUUGUCCUGCCACCUCAAACUCAGAAUUUGGAUCUAAGCAGUAAACACCAGUAUCCAUCCAAGCAUGAUCAUAUGGUCUGCAAGUGCCUGUCACUGAGCAUCUCCUAUGCAGCAACCAUUGGAGGACUCACAACCAUCAUAGGGACUUCCACGAACCUCAUUUUCCUGGAGUAUUUCAACAAUCAUUAUCCCAAUGCUGAUGUGGUGAAUUUUGGAACCUGGUUCUUAUUCAGCUUACCCAUCUCCCUCAUUAUGUUGGUGUUGACCUGGUUCUGGAUGCAUUGGCUUUUUCUAGGUUGCAAUUUUAAAGAGACUUGUUCAAUCAGCAAAAAGAAGAAGACCAAACGAGAAGAGCUGUCUGAGAAAAGAAUCCAAGAGGAAUAUGAGAAACUGGGAAAUAUUAGUUAUCCUGAGAUGGUGACAGCAUUCUUUUUCAUCUUGAUGACCUUGCUCUGGUUUACAAGAGAACCUGGAUUUGUACCAGGCUGGUCAUCUUUCUUUGAAAAGAAAGGCUACCGGACCGAUGCUACCGUCUCUGUUUUCCUUGGCUUUCUCCUCUUCUUGAUUCCGGCAAGAAAGCCAAGCUUUGGAAAGAAAGCCAAAGGAGAUGUUGCUGAUUCUGGAGACAUUAACCCAGGGGAGCCAAUCAUCACCUGGAAAGACUUUGAGAAGACAAUGCCAUGGGAGAUUGUAGUUCUGGUGGGAGGUGGUUAUGCUUUAGCAGCUGGAUGCAAGACCUCAGGCCUCUCCACAUGGAUUGGGCGCCAAAUGUUGUCCUUGAGUAGCCUUCCCUCUUGGGCUGUCAGCCUGCUGGCCUGCCUCUUGGUAUCUACAGUAACAGAGUUUGUUAGCAACCCAGCCACCAUAACAAUCUUCUUGCCUAUUUUGUGCAGUAUGUCUGAAACCCUGCAAAUCAACCCUCUCUACACCCUGAUCCCAGUCACUAUGUGCAUCUCUUUUGCAGUGAUGCUACCAGUGGGUAAUCCCCCAAACGCCAUUGUCUUCAAUUAUGGACACUGUCGGAUUAAAGAUAUGAUCAAAGCUGGCUUUGGAGUCAAUCUUAUUGGUCUAGUAGUUGUGACAUUGGCAAUCAAUACUUGGGGAAUUAGACUCUUCCAGCUGAAUAUGUUUCCUGAAUGGGCAAUAACUGGCAACAAUACUGGGCCAUUGUAGGCAGAACUAAACCCGAAAAAACCAAAAAUGCAUUUGCACAUAUGUUAAGAAAGUAAGAGAACCGAGUAUAUAUUAUUCCAGUAAUGAGAAAUAACUCCGAUCUAAAGGUCUACCAAGGAUCAUCAUCUCUCCACCAUUUCAUGUUCUCCUGUUCUCCUUGUCUUUCAGGACUGCAAUGGAACAAAUUUGCUUCAGGUUUUCCCAGUUUUCCUAUUACUUAUGCAAAAAAAACCCCCCACAAUUAUUUCACUAUAAAAUAUUUAACUAGGUUUUCUUUUACUUUAUACGUAAUUCAUAGUAGCCAUAUCUUAUAUUUAAAAGUUGGUUUUUAAUACUACUUCUGUAUGUGUGUGAGAGAGGGAGUGUGUGGGCAUAUGUGUAUAUAUAUAGAUUAAAAUGUAUAAAAUUGUACAUGGUUAGCUACUUAAUAAGAAAGAACCACUUGAUCAGUUGUAUUCUAGGGAAAAAGGACAAGGCCAAAGAUAUGGGGGGAGGGAGGUCAAGAUAAAUCUGGUCACCGGUCCAGAUAUGAUCUCAUUCCCUAUAUGACAUUUUGUGAGUCAUUAGAAAUUUCUAUUUUAAUUCUGGAAUUUUAUUUUGUGUGCACUAAUCAUCUUGCAUCUGCAGAAAUCAAAUCUGUGGUUUCACCCAUGAAAAAAAUUGUCUCAGUGGGUUUUUUUUAUUUUUAGAUGGACCAGGUAAUCCUAUGGUGUGCUUGUUCCUGAAGUUAUAAUAAAGUUGCACUGGAGGAGCAAGAAUAUUCUGAGGUGUUUUAUCUCUAGGAA